AUGGAGGAGGAUAAAGAAAGAGAUAAAGUAGCAGUAGUAGGAGUGGUAGUAGGUGGUGUUGGUAGAGUCUUUAGAUCUACAUUAUUAUUGAAACACGUCCUAUCAUUUAUAUCUAUAAUCAACAAAGAGUUACAACUAUCAACUACAAAGUACAAGUAUUUCACCAGUGACUCUAUAUCACAUCUUAGAUAUUGUCAUCAUGAAGACUUGUUAUUUGUAUCAUCACUUGAUAAAAGUUUGACCAAGAGACACCAACAACAAUUACAACUACAACAAAAACAAAAAGCAUUUAAACUAUUAGUUUCUAAAUUGCAAGACAAUAUCAAUAACAACAAUAAUAAUUAUAAUCAAUUUAUAAUUUAUUUUCAAGGAUUACCAACUAUAUUAAAGAAUUGUAAAGAUGUUUUCAUACUCAAACAGAUUCAUCAAUUAUAUCCACACUACUUUUAUCAACAUGACAAUGAUGACGACGACAAAGACGGUCUUUCAAAAAAGAAUGGUUGGAUAGUUGACAAUAUAGCAGCAAGUGGUAGUUUUGCAUGUUUACUCUAUGCCAUAGAGACAUUAAAGUCUAAACCUUCUACCAAAACACUAGAGAUGGCUUCAGAGUAUGGUCAUACAAAUCUAUUUGCUUAUUUAUGUGAAACGUAUCCAGAGCUUGGAAUUGGACGGUCGUUUGAUGUGGCUGCUAGCUAUCCACACAUGACCAUUCUCAAAUACAUCUUGGAGAAUAGGACUGAAUGCUGCUACACAGUCUCUACUCUAGCAUCGAUUGCUGCCACUGAUGGUAUUGAAGAGGCCAAACUCUUGUUGGCGCACAAGAACAAACGCUUGUUAAAAAGCAAAGACAAUCGGUUCUACCAUUUUGCCGACUUUUCAGUGGUGCGUGGCCACUUGGACAUGGUCAAGCUGUUUUAUUCGCACUUUGGACAGGACCGUUUCUUGAACCGGGCAAUCGAUCAAGCCGCCGAACUAGGUUACUUGGACAUUGUAAUCUACUUGAAAGAGACGGUAAAAUUGGUAGAAUCACAAGACUCUAUCAAUUAUAGUGCAAAGAAUGGACACGUUCACGUGGUGCGUUAUCUCUGUGAAAUCAACAAGAAAAGAGAACUUGGUUUCAACCUUGGAGACGCUAUCAACAAGGCAGCUGCUGAGGGUCAAUUGGCAGUUGUUGAAUAUCUUUGUGGUAUCGGUGCAGAAUGCGACAAGAAAAUGUCAAUGCAUUAUGCAUCGAUCAAUGGUCAUUUAGAGGUGGUUCAAUUUAUUGAUCGACACUACCAAGGUGGUGAAUGCAAGUCUGAUACUAUAUCCGAUAUUUGUCGUAUUGGAAAAGGUGACUAUUUGGCAAUGUUUAAAUACAUGAUACAAAAGUAUCCAUGUAAAGGUCAUGAUGCACAACAAGUUAUUUUGAGCUCUGCAGCUCAACGAGGAUGUGUCUCUCUCUAUAAAGCCAUUCUCAAACACUUGGAAAUUGAUUUGGACGAUCCUUUGACUUGGUCGAAUCAUCAAGGUUCUUCACAUCCCAUUCCUUUUUGGUCGCACAUUGCACCGCCCCAUGUCAAACUAGAUCUUUCCUUUUGGUUAAUCAAAAAGUUUUCUCAUUUGAUGGCACCGUCCUACUAUACACAGUUUCUCAGUUUCUCAUCACCCUCUUAUCAAUAUCCAUUGGACAUUAUCGAAUACAUUUAUUGUAAAUGUCCAGAAGUGUUUAACUAUUCAACCAGUCAAAUCUUACUCAACAAGGCAUGCAUUCGUAAUAAUGUCGAUUUACUUGCCUUUUUCCACAAAAAUGGUUUACCUGCACCUAGUCGUGACGUCUUGAACGUUGCAUGUUCCAGUGCAUCCCUCGAGUGCAUCAAGUUUAUCUAUGAAAACUAUGGCCACAUUGAACAUUUACGGUUCAAUAGCGCCUUGCUCGAACAUGCAUGUAGGACAACAGAAGAAUCACUAGAAAUGAUUCAAUACCUUUCAACUAUAAUCAAGCUCAAGAAACAGCCACUUCAUAGAAUACUACAAAAUGCAAUUGGCAAAAAAAACGAAGAAAUGGUUCAAUUUAUAUACAACAACAAUGUAGAUAAAAUCAAAAAGUUAUAUUCUCAACCAACAACAGCACCAACAAAUCAAUUUGGUAAUCAAACUCUAUUAAAAGUGAUAAAAGCAACUGGUAAUGUUAGAAUAAUGGAGUUUUUCUUUUUAAAUAUGCCAACCCUAUCAAUAAUUGAAGAAAAAUAG